UCGUCCCUAGUUUUCGAUAUAUCAAGCAAGUUUUUUUAAGCUAUUGCUUGGCUAUAUCUUCUCUCCCUUUAGAUCAUAUAUAGAUUCACAAAACAAUUCAAAUUAUGGCACAAAACAAGCAACUCUCCUUUCUUGUUCUCCUUUUGCUUGUUUCCUUCCUGCAAAUUCAGUGCAUUGUAGGAAGGCCUUUGAUAUUGGAUCAGAAGGAAACAGGGACUGAAGGCAAUAAAGCUGUUGUUGCCAACACGCAGUCUCUAGCUCCACCUUCACCACCAACACCGAGUGUGGUUGUCGGAGCAACUGAAACCCCGCCACCCAAAAAUGCAAACGAUUUCAGGCCUACAGCUCCUGGCCACAGUCCGGGAGUUGGCCAUUCCCUUCAAAACUAGGUUAAAAAACGAAGUGUUUCAUCACCAUCGUGCAUGGUGACAGUAGAAGAGUUCAUCCUGGUUAGGUUUCUCUAUUAUUUGACAUGUGUUUGGUUUCAAUUUCAGUUUGAGGUAAAUUAGGUUUGAGUGUUGUUUGGA